AUGAUGUGGCCCAUUUUGUGGCUGGCCGUUUUCUUGCCUUGUCUCUUGGGACGAACAAUCGAAGAAGGCGAAGUGAUUUUGACCCCUCAUGGAAUGGGUAUGCAUGCUUCUGAAAGGAUCGUCAUCCCAGUGACGGAUGGCCUCUUGCCCCCACUUCCGUGUGUCAUGCACGAGGCCGGCGUCCAUGAUCAUGGCUCGUCUUUCUCAAAGGGAAAUUUCCAUUACCUAUGCAACAAUGGCACCGCUGAAGUCAUGGCCUGUGUCAGUGAGGACGGCUCGGUCAUUCAGUUGGGAAGGACCUUUGUGAAGAAUGGAAUCCGCCACAAGUGUAAUGUGGCUGCUGAUACUGUCACUUAUGAGCAAGAAUCGAUGUGCUAUGAAAAUGGUGUCCAUUACAAUGUCGGCGACUCAUUCCGUAACGGGUCAUUCAAACUGACGUGCCGUGACGAAGGUGUCGCAAUUGACGGCUGCUAUCUGCAGAACUCGAUCUAUGACGUGCUCCAAGUUGGAGAAUCACGAAUUGUUGGCCAUUAUAGGCAUGAAUGCGAGCAAAUUAUAUCUGGAAAGGUGCGAUACACUGUUAAAGUAAUCGGAUGUGUUCGUGAUGAUGAGGUGUAUAACAUUAAUCAGAUUUUCACCGAUCGUCAUGUUCGUUACCAGUGUAUGCAAGAUGGAACUCUGCAAGUGUUAGGUUGCGUUGACAAUGGAUUAUUUGUUGAAUUGGGCCGUGAUCUCCUGAUGGACGGACUACUUCAUCGAUGCUACAAAGUUGAUCGCACCACAUUCUAUCACAAGUUCCCUUGUGAGACGUCAUUGGCUGAAUGCAUCGCCAAUUCUAUCACACCACGGGUU